UGGGAGGCGGCAAGAUGGCGGCUGCUGAAGAAGGCCUUGGUGUCGGGGUUGAAGCGGACCGGGAACUGGAAGAGCUUCUGGAAAGUGCUCUUGAUGAUUUCGAUAAAGCCAAACCCUCCCCAGCACCCCCUCCUACCACCACGGCCCCCGAUGCUUCAGGGCCCCAGAAGAGAUCGCCAGGAGACACUGCCAAAGAUGCCCUCUUUGCCUCCCAAGAGAAGUUUUUCCAGGAAUUAUUCGACAGUGAGCUGGCUUCCCAAGCCACUGCAGAGUUUGAAAAGGCAAUGAAGGAGUUGGCUGAGGAAGAGCCCCACCUGGUGGAACAAUUCCAGAAGCUCUCAGAGGCUGCUGGGAGAGUGGGUAGUGAUGCAACCUCCCAACAAGAAUUCACUUCUUGCCUAAAGGAGACAUUAAGUGGACUAGCCAAAAAUGCCACUGACCUUCAGAACUCAGGCAUGUCAGAAGAAGAGCUGACCAAAGCCAUGGAGGGGCUGGGCAUGGAUGAAGGGGAUGGAGAUGGGAACAUCCUCCCCAUCAUGCAGAGCAUCAUGCAAAACCUACUCUCCAGGGAUGUGCUAUAUCCAUCACUGAAGGAGAUCACAGAGAAGUAUCCAGAAUGGUUGCAAGAUCAUCGGGAAUCUCUACCUCCAGAACAGUUUGAAAAAUAUAAAGAGCAGCACAAUGUCAUGUGCAAAAUCUGUGAGCAGUUUGAGGCAGAGACACCCACAGACAGUGAGGCAACACAGAAGGCACGUUUUGAGACGGUGCUCGAUCUUAUGCAGCAGCUACAGGAUUUGGGCCAUCCUCCAAAAGAGCUGGCUGGGGAAAUGCCUCCUGGUCUCAACUUUGACCUGGAUGCCCUCAAUCUAUCGGGUCCACCAGGUGCCAGUGGUGAGCAGUGUCUGAUCAUGUGAAACACAGCGCGCUUUCUUCCCUGAGUCCCAGCCAUGGGGAACAUCUGGAGUCAGCAGAACCAUGAGAACUGAGGCAGGAGUGUCAUCUGUGGGAAUGGUCUGCUCACUGCCCCAUCGUCCUAUUCAAGACUGUGCCAUAUCAGCUGAGCCUUUCCCUCUGUUUUUCUAGAAAUGGGAUCUUUACCAUAGGCCAUUUUGUGAGCCCUAUUGUGGUUUCUGCUGCUAGAAAAGGCCUAGCUAAAGAAGGUAUCCUUCUUGGGGCAUGUACCUUCUUCCCUUUCCCAAAAUAAUGUUAAAUAUGGCCACACUCAUGUUCACCUUUUCUCCUGGGGUCUUUGUGCCUUGUUUCUACUCCUUUCCUUGGAAUUGGGGAGCAGGGGCAGAGUACAUAAUUCACCAAAAGAAAAGAACUUUAAUAUGUAAUCACAAUGGGAUUGGAAGAGAAGCCUUAGGCUUUUUCUUUCUCUAGGUGCUGAGCCCUCAACUCCCUAUUCCAGCCUGGGAAUUCAAGUUGCUACCCUUGUUCUUUCUACAAUGCCAUGUGAUCGGGAUGAAUCCAGCCUCUGACCUUCCUUUGUCCUGUAUCUGUCCUUAUCUCUUUUUAAAUUCUUGUUUAUUCUAAACCUGUGCCCAAGCUGUAACAAAAGAAGACCCAUCCUGUUCCCCCUCAUCCAAUAUAACCACCAGUCUCACUAGUUCCUUCCCUCCUACUCAGGCAAAGACAUAAUUGUCCUGUUAAGUCUGACAAAUGAAUGGCCUUUCUACACAGAUACAUUGUGGCUUAUUUGAGACAACUGAUUCCCUUAGAAUACUUGGUUUAGGAAAGUGCUUAGGAAAGGGGUGCAGUUUGGGGCAGUUCUAAUAAAUACUGAGUGAGGAAUGUG